UUAAUCGAUAAUCGAAAAGGUAUCGAAUAAACAACUUUUUGCUCUAAAUUGUUACUUAAUUAAUUAAUAAAUAACAAAAAUGCUGACCCGCGUAUUCCGCCUGGUCCACGACAGGCGCCUGAGUGUGCCUGUCCUGCGCUGCUUCCACCACGAGUUCUCAAAACCGCCCCAACAGCCUGGAAAGAGCCAGGAAACUGAGGAUAGUCCCGGCAAGAACUUGGUGGCCGGUGUGCAGGACAAGUACAAAAUAUUCCGGGAUGAGGAGGCCACGGAGAUUUUCGAUGUGGAGGAGGCACGCCACCAGGAGCAGCAGCUUCCCGAGGACUCUGAACUUGAGCAGGAUCACUACUAUGGCCUGAAUUUAAAGCGUGGCACUCGUGGCGUUUUCGAUGUGGAGGAUUUGGUGGAGCUGCUCCGCAAGGAGAAUGUGGACGACAUAUUCGUCUGCUAUGUGCCGGAGAACCUGAAAUAUGUGGACCACCUCGUGGUCUGCAGUGGACGCAGUUAUCGGCACAUGCUGACCACGGCUGAGUUUGUGCGUCGCAUGUUCAAGAUCAAGCGGAACAGAGGCGACAUUCUGCCCCGCAUCGAGGGCGACAAGAGUCGGGAUUGGAUGGCCAUGGAUUUAGGCAACAUUGCCCUGCAUAUAUUUUCACCGAGCGCUCGCGAGGAAUACGAUCUGGAGUCGCUGUGGGCCAUUGGCUCCGAGUACGAUCGCGAGAGCCAAAAGCCGCAUAAUCCCUAUGGCGAUAUAUUCAUGGCUCAAACUCCUCUCACCGUUUCGGGUAAUUCGAAACUGGAGACGUGAAAUUCUUUAGUUCCUCUAGUUUAAUACACUUACAAUCGAUCACUAACCCACAAAAGACCCUGUUUUGUUAUGGAAUCUAUUCAGACUGGUUUGCUAAGUACAUUUUAUGUUCCUCUUGAAAAAGAUAGAAAUAGAGAUUCCCAAACACAUUUUAAAGUUCGACAAUGUAUGAUGUUUUGAGCAUAUUUGUCUAAGAUAAAGUCUGGCGAUUCGCAAUUUUACUUAUGAUCUGCCAUCCGUUUUUAAAAGUAUGCUGCAUUUCUUAUGCGGGAAGAAAAAAUGUGCCACACAAAAGUACGCUAUGUUAGGGUCAGGAAAAGAAAUAAAGGAAGAAACAAGUUAUAAAAUUUAAGCAUAAUUAAUUCCUUCGUGAAAAACAA